AUGGCUCGCAAAAAGUCGAAAGCACAGAAGACGUUUGAGAGAGAGAGGGCGGAGGUCUCACAUAUCAUCCUUGAUCGGGGCGAGACUUUGCCAGGAAGUAUCAUAUCAGCACAAAUCAUGUUUCAGAAUAUUGCUAAUGUGUUGCUCUUGAACAAAGAAGAGACAGAAGAGAAUUCUUAUGCUAAUCCAAGAGCCUUCACAGAUGACGACGACUGGAUGGUGGACGACGACGAUAAUGACGACGCCAUCAAUGCCAUACAAUCGACGUUCGAGGAGACCAACACUUCUCAAGACACAGAAGAGACCGAGAUGCAACAAUCUUCGGUCGAUAAUUCAGCCAAAAAGAAGAGGUAUUAUCCAAGGCUUCUCGGCUUCAAGAGAAAGGGCAAUGCAAGAAAAAACGCUGCAAAACUCCAGGCCAUGAACGCCCUCCCUGGCCAUGAGAGUGAGAUUUUCGAAGAGACGGGAGUCCACCUCAAGGAUGAGGAUCAAAUCCUCGGCGAAGAAGAAAAGAAGGCGACUGUCGAGAACAUGCCUCCGAAAUACAGGAUGGAUUCGGAUCCGCGGCUGGGAGAGCUUGAAGUCGACACAACUUCGCAUAUCCAAGAGGGAGAACGACACGACCGUUUCGUAGAGACUGCUCGUAAAAUCGUCAGCUUUUUGAAGUCCUCGGCUUCUACAUAUCGAAAUCUUCCUAGAGAAGCCAAGAAAACAACCUGGAAGCCCAUGGUGUCUGGGUUACUCACACUGAUGUGCCGAGCAUCCGAAGAUUUUUUACUGGAGAAUCUCCUAAGCGGAAUUGACAACUCGGUUCGUUUCACUCUUGGGAAUCUGGACUUCACGCUCGACGAUCUGGUAAACCUCCCACGAUGGUCGGUCACGAAGAACCUUGAAAAAGGUGUUUAUGUCGACAUCUUACAUAUCAAGGAAGAACUCGAGCAAAUCCGACAGCUCUACGUAGGUUCCGCUACAGGAAAAUUUGGGAUCGCUCAACGAUGGUACCAAUAUCUGCAACGGCGAGUAAAGCACGAGUAUGGCAGACACUCCAAGGCUAUCCUAAAGCCCAAUUUGACUGUGUGCCUUCGCGGCCUUGCACAAUAUGACGAUACGCGAUACCCGUGGUUAGUAUGCUUUGCUGAGACUUUUUUCAUGGUCUACCUCGGUACUGUUACGGAUCCUGGUUGGCGUCCUACCACAGGUGAUAUCAGGGAAGCCUUCAUCAACGACGAACUCUAUGAGCUUGUCGGAGCAUGUAGACGCGCUGCAGGCCUACCAGCCCCUCUUUCAGUCGGACUCAACUCAACAUGGUCCCUCUGCCAAGGAUAUCGCGGAGGAUUGAACAUCAACUCCGCUUGUUUCAAUUGCGAGAGGAAGAAAGUAUGGGGCCAAUCGCAACCCGUCUGCUGA